CUAAAACGUGUCAUUACCGUCCAAUAUCAGUGUCAUACGUCGACAACCUUUUAAAAAUUACAAAUUGACAGCUUUAACGCUAACGUUACAUACUUGCAUGUCGAGUUAGGGAGGCUAUUAACCCAUCCGUGCUGUGGUUUACCUGCUACAGUAACGUUAUGUGAUUGGUAAAGGUUAGAUGCUGCUGUUGCCCCGCAAUGAAGAUCAUAUAUGGAAGCUAGCCUGCGUAACCGUUUAGCUUUCGUUUCUAGACCUCAGUGCUAGCUAAGUAUGAAUUUAUUGAGGUAACGUUAAUGUGACAGCGACAGGUGGUGGACAGCCUAAUCUACCCACCAGCCAACUAGGGAGUCUGGCCUUUGUUUACCUGCCUCUCAGGUAAAAGGGUAACAGGGGGCAGGGCCACCCACGCAGUAGGAGGGAUGCCUGUCGAGGGCGGAAGCAGCAGCGGCUCUGCUUCGGCUGCCCGUCACCCCAAGCAGAAGCGGAAGGCUCACAGUUUGUCUAUCCGGCGCACCAACAGCAUAGAGGAGAGGCCACUAGGCAUCCAAAGAGGAGACAUGCUGGAGGGACAGGACUCGAAGCUGCCCCUCUCCUUACGGAACAACCUUCUAGACCUUUUUGGCCAGAUUGAGCGCGAGUUUGAAAAUCUCUACAUUGAAAACCUUGAAUUACGCCGGGAAAUUGACUCUCUGAAUGAGCGUCUGACCGGAGAUGGACAGACUGUUGAGGGAGGAGACCCCACCAAGGGAGCUCUGAAAACAAAAGCCAGCCACAGCACCAGUCAACUGUCACAGAAACUGAAGACGACCUACAAAGCCUCUACCAGCAAGAUUGUGUCCAGUUUUAAAGCCACAGCAGGGUCCCGGGCUUUGUGCCAGCUGCUCAAGGAGUAUGUGGGCCACCGGGAUGGGAUCUGGGACCUCAGCAUCACCCGAACUCAGCCAGUAGUCCUGGGCACCGCCUCCGCAGAUCACUCAGCUCUGCUGUGGAGUAUAGAGACUGGGAAAUGUCUGCUGAGGUAUGCUGGUCAUGCAGGAUCAGUCAACUCCAUCAAGUUCCAUCCUACAGAGCAGAUGGCACUCACAGCCUCUGGGGACCAGACGGCUCACAUCUGGCGCUACAUGGUGCAGCUUCCUGCCCCCCAGCCACCACCAGAUGUCAGUGCUCCAUGUGAUGACGACCAGGACUCGUCAGACAGAGAAGAAGGUGAGGUGGAUGGCGAGGGCCCUUGCGAGGUGCCCACCGUCCGGCUCGCUACAGCAACGCUGAAGAGCCACCAGGGUGUAGUGAUCGCAGCUGAUUGGUUGGUGGGAGGCCGACAGGUGGUGACCGCUUCCUGGGAUCGUGCUGCCAACCUGUAUGAGGUGGAGACGUCUGAACUGGUUCACACACUCACUGGACAUGACCAGGAGCUAACCCACUGCUGUACCCACCCCAGCCAGCGGCUGGUGGUCACUUCAUCCAGAGACACCACCUUCAGACUGUGGGACUUUAGAGACCCGUCCAUCCACUCUGUCAAUGUCUUCCAGGGACACACUGACACGGUGACGUCGGCAGUGUUCACAGUGGGUGACAAUGUGGUUUCAGGGAGUGACGAUCGCACCGUCAAGGUGUGGGAUUUGAAGAACAUGAGGUCGCCUAUAGCAACCAUCCGCACUGACUCAGCUGUGAACAGGAUAAGCGUCUCUGCCAACCAGAGGAUCAUCGCUCUGCCACACGACAAUCGUCAAGUGCGACUGUUCGACAUGAGUGGAGCGAGGCUGGCCAGACUUCCACGCAGCAACAGAAUGGGUCACAGGCGAAUGGUGUGUUGUACAGCGUGGAAUGAAGAGAACCAGUCGUGCAACCUGUUCACCUGCGGCUUCGACAGACAGGCCAUCGGCUGGAACAUCAACAUCCCCGCCCUGCUGCAGGAGAAGUGAUGCCCCUGAUACACACACACACUAACACAACAGAAACACACAGAACACUGUAAUCAGUGGCCUCGCACAUGCCAGAAUUUUUGAAGUGUUUUACCCAGUGAAGCAUUUUAGUUGUCAUGUAUUUCACAGAUUUUCAGCUGCUGCAAAUGUGUGUGUGUGUGUGUGUGUGUGUGUGUGUGUGUCCGUCAUUUAGUUUGCACAUCUGCAGUCAACUCCUGCAGUACAUCUCCUGGUGUUAAAAAACUGACACAGUUCCAACAUUUUAAAGUCUAAGUGAGUGCGAGGCCACAGAGUUGAUCUCCUGCAUUUGAUUUCACAUAUCUAGCAUGCAUUGUGAAUUGUGACAUGGCUAGGCUGAUUCUUUAAUUCCUAGCCUUUUCUGUUUUAAAGUAUAAAAGUAUAUAUUUGACUCCACAGUCAUAGGCUGCUGUUCGCAUCACUGUUGUUUAGUUACUGCUGAAUGGUUGCUAUUGCAUGUUGAUAAUCUCGGUUUGCAAAUGUUACUUGUAAAGAUGUGAGAGAACAAUUAAAAGGCCAGAAGAGUGUGUAGAAUAUCAUAGAAAGAAGUUAUGUAUAUAUUAUGUCAUGGCCUGAUUAAGUGACCUGUGUUGCAGGUUGUUGCUAUUUCACUGAUUAAGUGUCUUAACAGUUAUCUACAUUUUUUGAAAGUGGAGUUUGGCAGAGAUAGCUUGGUUCUGUGAAAUGUUUUUAUCCUUUUAGUCAGACUUGAAAUAUUUGUUGUCAUGUAACAAAACAUAUAAUAUUUUGGCCUACCAGAUUACCUGCGCAGCAUGGUUCAUUCAAUUGUCAUAAAAUGUUUCAAACUGGUUCUGCUGUCCUGUCUGAAGGUCUAACCCAUUAUAGGGAUUGUUCAGAUUCUUUAAAGUGGGGUUGUAUGAGGUACUUAUCCAUAGUCAGUGUAUGACAUUAGUACAGGCGGCAGGCCCCCCAGUUUUUAGUAAUUUAGCCACUUUAAAAAAUGGCCACCUAAAAACAUCAAUAUCAGUUUAAGUGUACACUAUAUUUAGAAUAUUAUCACAGCUUUUCCCUGCCCUCAGACAGCCCUUUUUUAUUUUUUGCUGCUGCCCCCGUCCAUAGCAGUACAUUUCUGAGCUUCCGUGUCUGUACUCCUAUCUGCUUCUCCAAACUGGGGGGUGUGCUGACCACCAUCUACUCAGGUAGUACACUGACCAAGGAUAAGUACCUCAUACGACCCCACUUCAGAAAAUCCGAACAAUCCUUUUAAGACUCAAGUUCUUGCCUAUUACCUUUUGAUGCUUUCAAUUCACAGCCAACCUCCAUAUUUCCAGGUUUUGUUGUCAAUAUUUCAAAUGAUACUGUAACUCUGCCUUGUUCCAUGUUUACAGUAGGAUAUGAUUUUUAAAGUAUUGUUUUAUUCUGCCUCUCUGUCAGACUGCAAUGUGUCAAGAGCAUAGCAAUAAUGGGAAAACAACUGCACUUCUGUUGUUCACAAAUCUUUUGUAGGUCUGUGAAUGGGAUGCGUUCAAAAUUAUCAUAAUUUAGUACUUACUGUAUGUUGCAGGUUUAGCUGUCACUACUUUUAGCCGUAAUAUGAGCCCAUGUUUCAGUGAAAUACGCACCCAUUCUCUUCAUCCUGUUGCCAACUCAGAGCCCUGUGUUGCGGUAAUGUGUCAUCCCCAAGUGAACUUGUUGAUUACUGGUCAUCGCUGUGCUUCAGUAACGCCUUUCAAUAUAAAGUUAUAGUGUUUAUACUUUUCAUUGAACUUUUAGACCUCUUGGACCUUUUGUUGUAGAUGGCGCUGUUAAGUCUGUGAGAAGCACUCUUUUAUCUAAAUUCAGAAGCAAUAACCCAGCUCCUUUGUUUCUGGUGCCCAUUUAUAUCUUGGAAAUCAGUGAAUAUGACAAAUACUCACUGAAUCUCAGUUUAAGAACUAGAAGAACUUGAACUGGGCUUGACCAGAAUCAGGAAACUUUAAUUUGUUACACUUGUGCAAUAUCCUAAACAUGAAGUCAUGCCGUAGUUUUUGAUCUUCAAGUGUUUAACCUAUUUCAGUGCUGUAAACCCCAUAAAAUGAUUUUAUGUACUGUGUGACUGGUGUAGAUGUAGCUCAGUGUACACAAGUAUGCAUAACUUACCCCAAAGUUGGCUUCAGACUUCACACUUUACUGCUGUGUCUACCAACCAUAGAGUCAGGAUGGAUUUUAAAGUAGCAUGAACCUAAAAAUGUAAUUAACAUAUUGAAAUGCCUUACCAUUGCAUUGAAAAGGGUGCAUUAGCCUUAUCCAUCUGAGCAUCAAUGCAUUUUUCCAAAUCCUUGUUAAAUAACUAAUUGUGUUCCACCACACCAUGCAGAUAGGAUUUUUAUUCCUGUUUCAUUCAUGGAACUCAAUCUCGCACCUACUGAUAUCAAUGUCAUUUUAAUCUGCAGGUAGAAAGGCAAGUCCGAUUUGCACCCCACAUAUGAAUUCCAACUCUGAGGAAAUAUGAUUUUGGAUUGAUACAUUAAAUUAUCGCGUGCUAGAUUGGAGGGGGGUAAAAAAGUGGAUAGGUUUCACUUCAUUGUAGCGAAUCAUUCACCUCAAACCAUUAUGUGAUCUACUUUGCAUACUUUAUUGUAACGGGUACGUGCUCUCUGACAUUUUCCAAUAAAAUGUGUGAUAUCCUUU